UCAGAUACUCACCAGGACGCCUGCUGCCUGCAAUCUUCGCUGGCGAAAGAUAAAACACUUUUAUUUAUUCACUUGUUUCUCAUUUCUCAGUGUACGUCUGGUUGUGCGACUUGACGGUUGUUUGUUUUUAUCAAGAUCCACCGUUGAUUGUGACUUUCACCAGUGAACCUAGGUUUCUUUGUUUAUUUGCAGGUGGAUACCGGUUUGGGUCUCGUUUUCGACGAGUUGCAGGUGAACCAUAAUGUCGAAAAGAUAUACCACAAGUAUAAAACUAAACGGAAAUUCAAGUAUCCCUUUGAGAAGACCGCUUAGCAGACAAGUUUCGUCUCCAGUGAACUCGUCAAAGAUCCCUAUCAAUGACCCACAGGUUCAUAGAUGGAAACAAAAGUACGAAGAAUCGGAGGAAAGAAGAAAGCUAUUAUUGACUGAUAAGGAAAAAGCUCUUAGAGCUUUGAAUGAAGUAGAGAAGAAAUAUUUGAAUUUACAAUUGAAACAUGACAAAUUAGAAACGGAUCUUUUCGAAAGAAAUGAGGAGUUUACAAAAUUGUCCACAGCCUCCAAGAAUCUUUUCAUGGAGUAUGAAACUCUCAAAAAUCAGUAUGAAACGGAGUCGAGGGCGAUGUCAGGAGCUCUCAAGGAUGCGGCGCAGUGGUACAAAGAAAACAAAGUGCUGAAGAGGAAAACGCUGCUACUGGACAAAGAUGCCGUAGACGAAGGAGUUGACGCCGGAGACGGAGAAUCAAACUCCGAUACCGAUAUAGAAAAUUUGAAUAGGACCAUCAAGCAGCUCAGUAGUGAAGUUGCAGAGUUGCAGACUGAAGUAGAUUCUUUGAAGCAGAGUGAGUUCCAGACUUUAGAAGAGAAUGUGAGAUUGUCCGAGGAGUUGGAUAAACAAAAACAAGACAAUGAACAGUUAGAGCAUACGAUAUCGGAGUUAAAAAAAGAACGCGAACAAAUCAUGAGGGUAACGGAAAUGAUGAAAAAAGAAUUAGAAGAAUAUAAACUACUUGAGGAACAACAAAAAACUAACUUAGCUAAUUUGAAGAAAGAAGCUGAGGCUCACAAAAGGGAAAGAAACGUCUUAGCACAUCAGAGCACUUUGAUUCUACAAGGUCUCAAUGAAAACUCCGAUGGGGUAGAGAGCAUGAUGUUGCUUCAGGAAAUAGAGGAGCUCAAAAGGAUAAUUGAAGACGAAAGAAGUAAGGCAGAAGAGGAAAUCAAUGCUUUACAGGAACGUUUGGAAGACCAAGAUAACAACGCGCAAAUAGAAAUUCUUGAGGAGCGCCUCAAACUGGUAGAAUCAGAGCUGCAAGCAGCUAAUGAGCGAGCAAAUAAAGCUGAAGAGAAACUUAAGGCCAGUUUAUUACCACCGCCUCCACCACCUCCCCCACCACCACCUCUCUUGCCCCCCGUUGGUGGUGAACCCCCCACAGUGCCACUCAGAAGGAGGAGGAGUAAAGUGGCUCUGUCCGAUCUUGCCGAAACCAUCGGAGUUCAGGAGACAUCUACUCCCGAGAAAAAACCAGCAGCACCUGGUGUGAACGAAGACAUCAUAAACGCCAUAAAGUCGGGACAGUUCACGUUGAGGAAAGCAAAAAAGGAUAAGGAGAAACAGGAUAAAGAACCACCCAAAGCUGUGUCAGAAAUGCUCAAUAUUUUAGGUACUUUGAGGAGAGCACCAAAAAAACGGAAGAGUUUGUUUUUUGGUGAUGUUCAGUUGUAAUCUUUAUUUGAGGAUCUCCUAUUGAAACUGGAGUAAUUUCAUAUAACUCAUACCUACAGUAGUAAGUUUAAGAAAUUUUCAUUUUCUUCAUAUUGAUCCCAUUACCAGUCUACCAAUAAAUUGGUUAGUACCACUGAGAA